AUGCUUAUCGGAGAGGUUGCAAACGUGUCAAACAAGCUCACUAUCAGGGCGCAUCUCCGGGCUUGUCGCAAACUUCCAUCACAAUUCACCAUGGACGACUUUGACGAAGAAGCAUUUAACAAGUUCUUUCCAUCAAGCUUUGGCAAGCAGGCCAAAACGAUCGAUGUUGAAACUCAGAUCGACCGCUCUAAGCGUGUCGAGGUCUCGGCACCGAAGACAGAAGAAAAAGAACUAAGCACAUCCGCAGCUGCUGCGCAACCAGAAGCGGGCGACGAUGAGAAAAAGGACAGUGACUCCGACAGUGAUGAUGACUCUGAUUCGGAUGAUGACGAGGACGAGUUUCCCGUAUCGCACGAGCUUGUUCUCAAAAGUCAUGAGCGUGCUGUAACCACUAUGACCGUGGACCCCUCGGGCGCACGACUAAUUACAGACUGUUGA